AUGUCCGAAUCACAAACAAGUUCAGCAUCAGCAUCAACAAUUUUGAGUAUUUCAAGCGAUUUAUCAUCGGAUAAUGAUGCAACAACAUCAGUGCAAACAAUGGAAAUGAAAUUAACCGAAAAUGAAAAAUUGAAUUCAUUUCAAUACUCUGAAUUAAAUUAUGAAAAUUUAUGCUACAAAAAUGAUGCUAACACUGAAGUGCCAGAAUCUAUCCUGAAAAAUGGAAACGUUGAGAAUGUUGAAUUGUCCGCAGAGAUGAUGCAGAAAUCAAAUGAUCCGGGAAAAAAUGUGAACGAUAUUGCAACAUCUCAUCAAAUGAAUAGUUCAAAGAGCGAUGAAAAUGAAAAUACGGAAAAAGAAAAAGUUAUGGUGAAAGUAUCAUCAUCUGAUAAGAUGAACGAUGAAAUUGUAAAGAGUGAAGUGAUAACGAAUGAUGAUGAUAUGAUAUGGGUAACAUCGAUGAAUUCUCCAACCGUUGGAAAUGUUAAAAUUAAAAUGGAAGAUGAUGAAGAAGUAUGCGAAAAGAGUUCAAAAUUUAUUAUAGAAAGAGAGCAAACAAAUUUGGCGGAUACAGAUGGAACAGAUGAAAGAUACAUUCAUGAUAACUCACGAGAAGAUGCUACUUCUGAGAUGAUAAAAAAUAUUGAAAAUUUUGAUUUAAUAAAAAAUCAUCAUUUGGAAUCUUCUGGAAGCUUAGAAUUCAAUAUUGAUCAAACUGUUUCAAAAAAUCUGGAAGAUCGAAAUGUAUCAGAAAGUCCUCCUGGUGCUACAGAUAGUUGGAAAAAUGCUACAAUUAAUAUGAAGAAUUCGAUUGAUAUUGGCACUGGAAAUGGUGAUAUACAAUCAGCUUACAAUACGACACUUCGAAAUCAUCAAACAAAAAUUAUUUAUAAUAACAAAACAUUGAAUUUAGGUGAAGUAAUUCAUCAUCAUCCAUUAUUUGUGAAAAAUACAUCGAAAUACUGGUAUAAGCCAACAAUAUCAAGAGAAGAAGCUGUAAACAUGCUCAGAGAUAAGCCACCGGGUACGUUUGUUGUACGGGAUAGUAACAGUUUUCCGGGUGCAUUUGGUUUAGCACUAAAAGUUAGUACACCACCACCUGGUGUCCAUCCUGGUGAUGGUACAGAAUUGGUACGUCAUUUUCUGAUUGAGCCAUCACCAAAAGGUGUAAAAUUAAAGGGUUGUAAUAAUGAGCCAGUAUUUGGCACUCUAUCAGCACUUGUCUAUCAACAUUCAAUUAUACCACUUGCUCUACCUACUAAACUAUUGCUACCCGAAUACGAUCCAGCUAAUACACCGGAACAUAUCUCUGCUGCACAACAACUUCUACAACAAGGAGCCGCAUGCAAUGUAACAUAUAUCAUUUCGUUGGAUACCGAAUCAUUAACCGGACCUGAAGCUGCCCGACGAUGUAUCGAUCAAACUUUCGAACUUCUCAAGCAAAAAAUCAUACAACCUGUUCCAGUACAUUUUAAGGUAUCAUCUCAAGGUGUCACAAUAACGGAUAAUACAAGGCAACUUUUCUUUAGGCGUCAUUAUCCUGCACAAUCUGUUACAUAUGCUGGUUUAGAUCCUUCCGAUCGAAGGUGGGAUAAUUCGUAUUUAGAUGGUACCAUGAUAAAAUAUGUGAAAAAUGCACGAAUAUUUGCUUUUGUGGCACGUAAGAUAGGCUCAAGAACGGAUAAUACAUGUCAUAUUUUUGCUGAAUUAGAACCUGAACAACCUGCUACAGCUGUUGUAAAUUUUAUUACAAAAGUUAUGAUGGGACAUAGAUGA